GAUCGCCUUCGACCUGAGUUAUUCCACGCACUAGGACAUUUGCGGUAACUUCAGCGUUGCCAUGCAGCGCUAUAGCCUCCCGCAGUCGUCAAGCGCCACAACGCCGCUGUUACCUAGCGACACGUACGUCGCCUACACGUCCGUGAACCAAACGCGCCACCAGUUGCAGCACCAGCACCGUCAGCAUCACAGAGCCAGUAGUGGCAGUGGCAGUAGCCUCCCAGUGGUCUCUACAGCUGCGGAGUUCGACGAGGUGGAUCAGUAUGCGUGGCAGCUCCUGGCAUACCGGACUAUCUACGUAUUACAGGGCGCCUUCAUGGGAAUGCUGGGCCCCGCGCUCGUCUUCUUCUCGGAUUUAGCGCAGGAGCAGGCUGGACUUGCAGCGCCAGUCUACGGCUUUGGCCCCAUCUUCGCUGCCCACGGAGGCGCGGCACUCGUCAUGAGCUUCAUGAGCGACUUUGUGCUCACUUAUUUCACAGAGAAGGAGUUCAUGAAGCAGCUGAUCGUCGUUUUGCUGCUCUGCAGUGGCGCGUGGUACGCAUGUCUUACGCCAGUUGCUGCAGCCACAGGAAACGUGGGGGUUGGAGUGUAUUUCAUCGCCAAAGGAUUCUGGACGGCGCUAUUGAACAUCACACUAAAUCGGUGUUCUCUGUGGAUUGCUGGAGAGAAGGACCAACGUAGACGCAGCAUUAUUACCUCCAUGAACAUCAACUACGGGCUCGGCUGUUUGUUGGGUGCAAUUGUGGCGCUGGUGCUCACAAAGCUGGACAUCGAUCUCGGCUACGCUUUCUUUGGGUUAGCCAUCAUGAUAGUGUUCCCUGCUGUACUAGUCGCUACGCUGCCGAGCCCACAUUGUUACUAUGGACGUGACGAGCAUCAGACAUUACUGUCUUUUGAAGACCCCACGCGUCGUGUGCCUACCGUUCCCAGUCCAAUAGUGGGCGGCGUCUUCUUGCAUGCCCAGCACAUCAGCGGCUCGAAGAACUGCAAUCCGGACACGUAUGACUCGAAGAACAACUUCAUUAUCUUGCUCGUUACCAUCUUCGCCACUGUGCUUUUCGGCAUCCAGCUCGGACUCGCUGCCUUUUUGUACGACUACAUCGGCACCGUUCUUACAGAGGAUACCAAGUUGGCAGCAACUCAAAUAUCUGGAUCUGGAAGUGUCGACGCAGGAAACGAGAGCAGCAAAGCAGUGUGGCAGUGUGCGGCCAUGGUGUUGUUUUGGGGAUCGUUGACGGUGUCGUAUGUGGUCCUCCCGAGGUUCUUGUUCCAUGACAGGAAUCUCUACUCUAUCGUGGUCUGUACUGUCGUGUGUGGAGCGAGUUCAUUCGGGCUUCUAUUCGGUGCUCAAGCGGGUCUUAUCACCUUCACGAUAUGUCUCUUCCUCUUCUCGUUCGCACUGGCGCCGCUCUUUACGCUGAGUAUCCACUGCUUGACGCGUGUGAUUAAUGAGCAACUUAUCCGACGCGUGUCGUCGCUCAUUGUAUUCGGCUGUGGAAUGGGCGAAGUGUUCAUCCCAGUGCUCAUGGGCUUCUUCAUGAGUGGGCAGAGCGGACAGGCAAAUGGAGCCGUUGCCGUGAGUUACAUCACCUUCAUCCUUGCUAUCACUCUAGUUGGCGUUAGCGGUAUGUUGCUGUGGAUGGUUAAAGGAAGACUGAAGGAACUGCCAGAACCUGUAGACGAACUCGAAGGCAACAGCGAAAUGGGUCGCAUGCGUGCAGCUCGUGCUGGCCAUGGCACGCGGAAGAGUAACCACUACUGACGUCGAGAACUAUAGACCCCAACAGUGAUCAUUUUAUUUGAUUUGUGCUGCAAGUUUCUCUAUGCUCCCACCACAACAACCAAGACGUAGCUAGGUAUACCCUGCUUUUAGGACCUUCUCUACGUGUACUUCUCCUUCAGCUUUAGCUUACCGAGCUGGACACCCCAAUCGCUUUUGUCCCAUGGGUCCUCUGACGGUACAACGAAAUCGGUUGGAACAUUACGAUGACCAUGCAGCUCUUGAAACGUAGCAAGCAUCGGCUCGACACGUCGAUCCCACUUAACCUUGGCAAUCUGCACAUCGAAGCCCAC